AAAAUAAAAAAAAAUUUUUUCAAGUACGAUAAUUUUUAACGAAGUUACGAUUAUUUGAAGUUGUGCGAAAUUUUGAUAUAAAUGAGUGUUGCGAUAAUUUUGUUGCCCAGUGUAUUAUCACUGGCGAUAAUCCCUUACGUUGUAUAAAAUUCAGUAUUUUUCACUCAUUUAAAAUAAAUUAAUGUUAUUUUUAAAAUUCUAUGUUAAUCAUAUUUAUAACACUUUUUCAGUCUACGCAGAGAUACUUAUGGCUACAUUUUAAACCUCAUUCAACCAGAUUUGGAAAAGUGGCCAGAACGUUUGGGAAGAUAUCCCAUAUCAGCUAGUAAACAACUGUAUAUCGCAUUAUGGAUGUUAGCAACUCCAGACUCAUUCAGAUCAGUAUGCACAAAGUUCGACGUUGGAAAGGCAACUGCUUGGCGAUGUUUAUUAAGGGUUGUGAAAGCAUUAUAUAAAUUGCGAAAUGUAUUUAUAUCUUGGCCAACAAGGGAAAAAGCUGAACAUACCUGGACAAAAAUGGAACAACAAUACCAGUUUCCAGGAAUAAUAGGUGCAGUAGAUGGCACACUCGUAAAAAUAACUGCGCCUAAAGUACAUCCUGAAGCAUAUAUAUGCAGGAAAAAUUAUCAUGCAGUACAGCUACAAGUUGUAUGCGAUGCAGAACUGCGAUUCAUUCACUGUUACGCGGGGCAACCAGGAUCGGUUCAUGAUAUGCGAACUUUUAUGUAUUCCGGAUUGCAACAAAAAUGCAAUGAACAUUUUUUUCCGGAAGACAGCCAUUUACUCGGGGAUGCAGCAUACACGAUACAACGACAUAUAAUGGUGCCGUAUAGAGAUAAUGGUCACCUGACAGCGGCCGAAAAUCGUUUCAACAAGAAAUUGUCAUCUGCGCGAAUGGUCGUAGAACGGUCUAUUGGACUGUUGAAAGGACGAUGGCGUUGUUUACUGGACAAACUUCCAAUGACACGAACAGAUUUAAUACCGCGCUAUAUUAUCGCAUGUUGCGUUUUACACAAUAUUUGUUUAUUGAGACGCGAUGAAAUAGAAAUACCAAUAUUAAUAGGAGAUCCUCGAAAUAAUAUGAUUAUAGAAUUACAUCCACUUGACGUAAAUGUCGAAGACCGCAAUGGGGUCUUAAAACGUAAGAAUUUAACACGUAGAUUCGUGGAAUAAUACACUGGAAGUAAUUUAAGAAAAAAAUUUGGUUAAGCAGAUCUUGUUUAUAAUAUUGUAUAUAUAAUAUUAUAAUAUGUAUUUUUUAUUAAUUAUUAAAUAACUUUUCAAUUCUAUAGACUAUACAAUAUGGUUUAUCAAAUUUGAAACGCAAUCUUAAACUAAAACUAAAUAAUGUCUCGAAUUUGAGAUCGUCAGAUUUGCUAGCAAUGAUAUAAGCAUUUUAAAAAAAGUAAACUGAAUAAAAUAAAAUUGUACUCAAAUAUAAAAGUUAUGUCUUUCUUUCAUUAUAUUUCUUUUUUGGUGUGAAUGACUGUAGAAUGUUCAAUUGGAUUAUUGAAAGGACAAUUCAGAAUGUUACUAGAUAAACUUUGUGUGAGACGAUCUUAUUCUUAAUUAUGUAAUGGCGCUUUGCGUAUUGCGUAAUAUAUGUUUACCGAGAAUUGACAUGAUUGAUGAUAUUCCAAUAUUUGUUGGAAACAAUGAUGUACAAAAUGUGAGGAAUGAAGCUGAUAUUAAUUCAGAAUUACGUGCUAAAGGUAUACGGAAAAAAGAACAAAUACAAAAUGCACUCGAUAUACAGUUAUCGUAAUUAUUUACUAUAUUAUUUACUAUAUGUAUAAUGUAUAAAUUAGGACUAAAAAUAUUUUAUG